AAAAGACUCUCCACAGAGCGUACAGACACAGAGCUUCCAAUGGGUCAUCACUUUAGUAAGCCAGCUGUACGUGUUGCCAGUCAGGACAAGAACAAAUCAAAUACAAAACAGCAGAGAUUCGAGGAGGAGGCACAGCAGGUGCAACUCGUAGAGGAAAUUGUAGCACAAACGGACGCCGCCAGCUCGGAAGUGCGUCAAAUCAUAAUCAAAAUUCAAUUGGCCAAAAUGGAGAAUGGCAAUAAUGGUGGUCAGCAGCAGCAGGAGGAGGAGCAGGUGGAGCAAGGUGUUGCCGCUGUCGCUGUCGCUGCCGCCGUCAUGUCUGCGGACACGCUAAAUGCAAAUGAGCAGCAAAUUGUGGUGGAGGCGAGUUCCGGAGUCGAAGUCGGAUCGGGUGCGGUGUCAAAUCGAACUGCUGGCAGUUCAACGGAAGCGCCAAAAACCGAGAGACAACAGCUCGUGAAUAACAACAAUUUAGCGGGAAGCGGUGUCGUCGGAGUCGUCGGAGUUGUUGGGCAUAUUGUGGCUGAGGCAGCGAUAAGUACGCUACAAUUGAACGACGAUGAUGAUGAUGUGAACGAUGAUGAUGAUGAUGUGGAUGAGUCGCUGCUGCGUCGGCGUCACCACCACAGUCACAGUCCCAGCCACGAGGCCGAAGUCGUUGAGUAUUGCGAGGUGCUCGAGUCGCUGCCAGUCAGCGAAAUGUUGUCGACGGGAGCACAACACACCAGCCCCAGCGGCACCAACACCAACAACACCAACAACAGCAACAGCAAGCAAGCUCCUAGAGGGAGUGCCGCCAGCGGAAACAGUUGCUGUCGUAGUCGCAGCAGCAAAGCCCUCUCCAUGGGCGCAACAGAAUCCACAGCAGCAGCGGCAGCAGCGGGUGCCCCAACCAGCUCGAAGCGACGCUGCUGCAAGUGCAAGUGUCGCGAUGCCUUCCGGGGCUUCCGAGACAUGCUCGACUCCAGCAAGGACAAGAAGGAGGCCAACACAUCAGCGUCAACGUCAGCGUCAGCCUCGGCGGUGACUAGGAAAUCUCGCACUGCAGAUCGCCGCUCGACGCCACCCACUCUGAGUGGGGCGAGCGGAAGUGGCUUGGGGAUUACCCAGCAACGGCUGCAGGCACAGCGGAAACGGAACUCCGUGGCAGUGCCAGAGCCAAGUCAGUUGGCCAUUUGGACAGCCCCGGCGAAUGGUGAUGUCAUCAUACGAAUCAGCUCGCCGCAAUUUGUGGUGGAGUCACCGAAUGCGCGGGUAACAGUGGGUCCCAACAUUCGGCUGGUGACGGAGACAACAGCGCCAGCACAGCUCCAGCAGCAGCAACCACUGCAACAGCAGCAGCAGGUGGAUCCUCCAGUGCGUCUCACCUAUGGCCGUCGCAGCGUGACCGUGCACUCGCAGAUCGAUUUUAUGCAUUGCCUGGUGCCCGAUCUGGAGCGGAUUAUCAACAGCAGCUUCUACUGGGGCAAGAUGGACCGCUACGAGGCGGAGCAUCUGCUCGAGGGCAAGCCGGAGGGCACGUUCCUGCUGCGCGACUCCGCCCAGGAGGAGUUCCUCUUCUCAGUCACAUUCCGCAAAUAUGGAAGAUCGCUGCACGCGCGCAUCGAGCAGAGUGGUCACAAGUUUAGCUUCGACUGUCAUGAUCCGUGCGUGUUUACCGCGCCCACUGUGACGGGACUGCUGGAGCACUACAAGGAUCCAUCCUGCGUCAUGUUCUUCGAGCCCUGCCUGACCAUGCCGCUGCACAGGAGGCAAACCUUCUCGCUGCAGCAGCUGGCGCGUGCCACAAUCGUCUCGAACACCAGCUACGAUGGCAUCAAUCAGCUGGAGCUGCCGGGGCGACUGAAGAGCUACCUCAAGGAGUAUCACUACAAGCAGAAGCUGCGCGUCAAGCCCUGCGAUGCCCACACACCGGCACCGUUCUACGGCAACGUAUAGUCCGCGGCGCACUCGGCUCAUCCGGCAACACAGCAGCCGAUGGGCUUCUUCUACUACGAGGAAGUGGACAGCGACGAUGAUGAUGAGGAGGGUGUCAACAUCGUACAUCUCUCUUAUGUGCAGCCCGAUGAGGAGGUGUUACGACUGCAGGACAGCAGGCAGGCAGCAGCCAGCGGAAGGCGGCCCCAACGAGCUGUCUCAUCGAAUCUACACGAACAGCUGUGCCGGCUGCCCCAUCGCAUGGCCGUUGCCUUGGGCCGGAUGUCGGCGAAUCUAAACUGUUAUCAGCCCAUGACAACCUCAUCGUCGUCGUCGUCAACGCUGCAGCGCAGCAAGCGCAACGCCUAAUGCAGCAGCGGCAGCAGCAGCAGCAAGAAAUGAAACCAAAACUCAACUAGAGACAAUCCCAGUGCAUCGUGUGCCGCCACCAUAAAGUUAUGGCAUGCAAAAAGCCUCCACAAAAACAACAAAAAAACACAAAAAAGAAAUGUGUGGAAUCAAAAUCAAAUACAAUUAAAUGUACUAUUACUAAGUAUUAUCGCUUAAUGCAAAUUCCUUCCCCCCCUCUCCUAUG